CAUCAUUAUAUAAACCCUGACCCUAUUUUAAUUCUCAGACACCUUUAAAUAUUUUCCCUUUUCUCCUUUGCCUGGACAGCUACAUCUAUUUUACCAUUUUUGUGUUCCAUCACUUUCUUGAACCCUUUCCAUUUGUAAUUCCAAAGCAAAUAGUAGUAAUAUCAUAAACAGAACAAUGUCAGCUAAUUUUCCAUACAGUAACUCUUUUCAUCUUGACUCAGUUUUCCUGCCCAUUGAGAUGUCUGGUUUUUUUGAGGAACCAUACAACACUAGAAGUACUGUACCAAAUUUAAUUUCUCAAUUUUACCAACCUGAAUCUAAUUUGCAACAGUUACCUGUCAAUAUGAGUAGUGUUCAUGAAAUUAGCUGCCAUAAUGAACCCUCUCAUGUGACAAACAAAAGCAAUUUUUCUUCAGUCACAGAUAAAAGGGAAAGUAGGGAACCAAUUACUCCAAUGGACAGAAAAAGAAACAGUGAAGGGUCUAAUUCUUCCAUGACCUCUGCUCAAUCUAAGAAUGUAAGUGAGGCUGAUCAUGGAAAAAAUCAAAAGAAAAAAAAGGGUCAUGUAACCAAAGAGAAAAAAACUAAGGUUAGCAAGAAAGAUGAGAAGAAUGCACCUGAAGAGGCCCCUACAGGAUAUGUUCAUGUUAGAGCACGAAAGGGUCAGGCAACAGACAGGCACAGUCUUGCUGAAAGGGUGAGGAGAGAGAAAAUAAGUGAAAGGAUGAAGAAACUGCAAGCACUUGUUCCUGGUUGUGACAAGGUAACUGGAAAGGCCCUCAUGCUGGAUGAGAUUAUCAACUAUGUCCAGUCCUUGCAAAACCAAGUUGAGUUUCUAUCCAUGAAGCUUGCUUCUUUGAAUCCCAUGUACUAUGACUUCGGCAUGGAGUUAGAUGCUCUCAUGGUCAGACCUGACCAGAGUACAAGUGACUUGGAAGCAGCAGUGGCGAACACAACUAGUGGCUAUCGUCUCCUGGAUAGUUCAACAUCACUUAUGUUUCAACAAUUCCAGUUCCCAAAUUCCAUUUCUCAGUAAUUUCGAAUGAAGGUCUAUGGGUGGAUCAAAACAAAUCAGUGGUAAUCAAAAGUGCAUCAAGAACAAAAGAGUCAACUGACCAACUAAAACAGAUCUUUGUGGAGAUACUUUUGUUCCUAUUCAGUAGACUUCUUAAAUUUUAAAGCACCAAUCCUUAGAGCCAUAUAUGUGAUGUGUUUUGAUGUUUCUGUGUAGCUAGAAACAGGAGGAAAGUAUAAUGUAGAGAAAGAAAAUGUACUCUUCUUUUUUCCUACUAGCAGUAAAUAAAUAUUCGUUCAUUGUUGUUUAAUACGGGGGCUUAAUAUUAGA